UUAUUACAACGUGAUCCUAGUCAACGGCUGGGAUGUGGUCCAACGGGUUCGUUGGAAAUUAAAUCUCAUCCAUAUUUUGAUUAUGUUGAUUGGGAUGAUGUUUUAAACAAAAGAAUAUGUGCCCCUUAUAUUCCAACUAUUGAACAUGAGAUGGACCUUAGAAAUUUUGAUGAUGUAUUUGUUACAAUGUCUCCAAAAUUAUCCUUACCGAAACGUGAUGUUCCUGUGGAAAUGCAACAAUGCUUUGCAGGAUAUUCCUUCUCGGAAAAUUACAUGGAUUCAAGAUCUGUAAAUACAUUACGUGCUAGUAGAAGUGUUAAUCGUUCUCUUGCUGAUGUUACUUCUUUACAUAGAACUAAUUCUUCCGCUACUCUUGGAUGCGAACGUUAUGAUCGUAAUGACCAAGAUUGGAAUAAUAGUAGUUAUGACUUAGAUCAAUAUAUUUCUAAAUGUCCGACUAUUAUGGUUGGUGAUACUAAAUAUCGUAACCAUCUUUAUCUAAACAAAAGGAUUUCUCAAUUCUUGUUGGAUGACUCUCAUUUAAAUUUGGGCGAUAAUUCUUCUUCCUCUUCAACAAUUGAACGUCGAACUGACGUAUAUCCUAAUUCAUGA